AUGAUCGGGAGACAGACACCACCGGCACUGCUGCCGCUGGCAACAAUCCCCAUUGCCAAGGCCUUUCGACGCUUGAAGUAUUGGCCUACCACCGUGAUGGCCGGUUUGAUUCCGAAGCCAACUGUCAAGCCAAAGAGCAGGCCCUGGGUUAGAAAUUGCUGCCAUAUCUUGUUUGGCUGGCUGAAAGAAAAGGCCAAAAGCGAUCCAGAACAACCCAAAGCUGCGACUGGAUACAAGAACUGUAAAAAAAAAAGGUACAUGAGGGAGAUCUGCAGCGUGCCGAUGAGCGCGAUCACUGACGGCGAAUAG